AUGUCUAUUAAAUUAAAACCAUUAUCAUUCAAUGCAACAGAAUCAACCAAUCUUAAAUUAGUAUGGAAUUUAGAUGAUAUAAAAGAAAUAAACGAAUUAGAAAACGAUUCAUCGUUCCAUCCAGUUUAUUCACAUCAAAUUUUUGGAGAAGAGGAAACUAUUGUUGGAUAUGAUCCAUUAAGAUUUAAUGUUUUAUUUGGUGCAGGCUCUUUAAUAUCUCAUAUCGAUACAAAUUAUACUUUAAACUCAAACAAUAUAACAAAUGUUGAAGGUGAAUUAUUAAAAAUAUUUUCAAAACAAGAUCCACCAAUUUCAAAAGAAUCAUUUUAUAAAUAUAUCGAAGAAAAAGAAAAAUUAUUUAGACCACCAGGAAAAAAAAUUUAUGAAUAUACAGUCACAGAUAAAGAAACAGGUAGGGAAAGAGAUUUCGAAGUUUAUUAUGGUUCCUUAUCAGACCCACAAAUUGAAAAAUAUCACGAAAGAAUGCAAAUAUUUGUUUUAUGGUUUAUUGAUGGUUCAUCAUAUGUCUUUGUUGAACCUAAUUGGGAUUUAUUUAUUACUUUUGAAAAGAGAAAAAUGGAUGGUGAAACUAGAUAUGGUCUCACUGGCUAUUGCACUGUUUAUAAUUUUUAUCAUCAUCCAUCACAAACCAGAGAAAGGGUAUCUCAAUUUUUAAUUUUACCACCAUAUCAAAAAAUGGGUCAUGGAAGUAAAUUAUUAAAUUCAAUUUAUAAUUAUUAUAAAAACAAUGAUGGACUUUAUGGACCAGUAUAUGAUGUUACCGUUGAGGAUCCUGCCGAUGAAUUUAAUGCUUUAAGAAACUAUGUAGAUUUAAAGAAUAUUUUAGAUGACAAAUUGUUUGAUAAUGUUAAAUUAGAUUUAAAUGCCAAUAAUACAGAAGUUUUUGAAAAAAUUAGAAAAAGUUUAUUAAUACCACAUAAACAAUCAAAACUUUGUUUAGAAAUUUUUAUGUUUAGUAAAUUCAUUUCAACUCCAGUAUCAGAUCCUAAAUUUAAACAAUUCAGAAUUUCAAUAAAAAAAAGACUUUACAAACAAAAUAUUGGUGAUUCAGAACAAAUUGACAAAAUGAAACAACAAGUAAUAAAUAGUAAAAACGAACAACAACAACAACAACAACAACAACAACAACAAGGUGACCAACAACAACAAAACGACGAAGAAGUUGAGGAAGCUGCAGCAUUUUAUUACAACAAAAGAGACCAAAAUAAAUUACCAACACCACCACAACCACCAACAACCCCCUCUCAAGACAAAGAAAGAUUAGAUAUCGAAAAAGAAAGAGUUGAAACUAUUCUCGAGCUAUAUAAAGAGCUUGAAGAAAAUUAUUUUAAUACUUUAAAAUCACUUUCUUUAGCUUAAAUAAAAAAAAAACAAAUAAUAAAGAAAAAUAAUUUAGUUUACAAU